CUAAGGUAGUACUGAUAUUCCUGAAACUUUAAUAAGUGCAAAGUGUAAUACUAUGUGCAUCAAGCUGUCAGACGUGGUGUCGAGGUUAUUAUGUUUUACGAUUACGAAUAAGCCAAAUUAUUAUACUUUAUAGUGAAUAUGAAAAGUAGGAUCUGCAGUUUUUAUAAACCAGCAUUACGUUAUUUUUGUAACUUGUGAUUUUAAGAAAUAUUCAACACUUUAAUUUGUGUAUGGAUUUCUUUAUAAUUUUGUAAGCUAUUUUAUAAAACUUAACGCUGAAGUGACUGAUGCUGGGGCAGUAACCUUAACAGCUCUCUGACUUUGAUUCAGUUUGAAUGAAUAAUUGAGUUAUAUAUUUAUGGAGUGUUUGUGUAUAAACUACUCAGAAUUGAGCAGAAUGAUAUGAGUAGGGUUAAGGUUCAGAGUAACCUAGUAAGAGUCACUAACACUAACACUGCUGUGCAUAUUAUUAUCAUACGAAUGGUGAGAGGCAGGAAAUUCAGAUAUUCUUCACUUUGAAUUGGAUUCUGAAAUUGCUUUCCGUAUAUAUAUUCAUGAGUGUAAACUUAAUCCAUAUAAUGUUGAACAAGAAAAAGUAUUCUUUAAAUUGAAAAAAAAAAUUUUUUUUGCUCGAUUGUCAUAUGAUAAGACUAAUUAAGAAUAAGGAUAAAACGUAGUCAGUUUGUUAGAUAUGCUGUUCUUAAGAAGAGCUAAUAUUAGUACUACUACUAGUAGUAGUAAUAUGAUAGAAAGUGAAGUUUUCUUUUUUGGAAUGAUAUCACAUUUUUCUCAAAACAUGAAAUCUCUAAACUCACCAAUAAUAAUGUUCAACAACCAGUGAAUAACAUGCACAAAUUGACAUGGAGAUUAAAAUUAACUCAAAAUCUGGUUAAUAAGACCAAUAAUAUAUAGUCGUAAAACUAAAGCAUACAGAAAUGGCAAGUGACAUUCGAAGUGAGUCAAGUGGUAGUGAUACAGGCUCAACUCCUGAAGAAGAACGAAUACGACGACUAUUUCAGACUUGUGAUGGAAAUGGUGAUGGCUUUAUAGACAGCCAAGAUCUCUUGGCUGUAUGUCAGCAGCUGAAUCUUGAGCACUGUGUGGAUGAGAUUAUGGAACAAUUAGGAGCUGAUGAACAUGGCAGGAUCUGCUAUGCUGAAUUUCUUCGCAGGAGGAUACAGCUAAUGAAUGAGAUAAAUGCUUUGACUUUAUAUGAACAAGACAACCAAGGAAACCUUACACAUGUCGAUGAAGUGAAUCCAAACCAACCCAUUUCCCAAGAGGCCUCUCCAGCUCAUGAAAGUAGCAGCAUGGGGAAUUGGCCUACAAGUAGUGAUACUAGUCAAGGAGCAGUCUCUGGAAAGCAUGAUAGCUGGGAGUUUGAUUCAGGGGCACGGGAUCUAAGUCCUGAACUAAAUACUCUGCAGAAGCUGAUAGAAGAGUCUGGUGGUUCAAUUACCAGUAACAGUAGUGAUCUUUUGGAGCUGGCCAACAAGCUCCAUCUGGCAGCUUUAGGAUCACUAAAAGAGGAAAUAUCAGAUUUAACUCAGAAAGUUCAACAUGUUAGUCAAGAGAGAGAUAUGUUGGAGAGACAAGUUGGUAGAGCUCAGCUCGAUAGACUGCGCCUGGCUAGAGAUAAUGAAAACCGACUUGAACAACAAGCUCAAAGAUAUGAAGAAAGGUUAACAGAGCUUCACAGUAUCAUUGCCGAACUGUCAAGAAAGUUGGACAUCCAGGAAGCAGCAGUCAUCAAAGAGGAAGACGAAUUCAGUCAGCAAUCUGAAGACGAAUCAAAAUACAGUGAAACCCAAAGUCAAGAUACAAGUAAUAAUGAAUUAUAUAGUGAAAAAGGAAAUGAAUCAAAUGCUGAACAUUCAAGGUUUCACGAAGAAGAAGAAUAUUCCAUCCAAGCCAAUAAGGUUCUUUGUCAUAAAAAAGAAGAGGCCAACAGUGUGUUGGUUGACAAUGAAAUCUUUGAAGAUAGAACAUUCCAGGUUUAUGGACAAGCUCCUAGACUAACAGAAAACAGAGCCACGUCAUGUCACAGCCUUCAGAUUUCACAGUUACAAGAAGAGGUGGUGGAACUUAGAGCAGAAAACACUGCUCUACAGGAACAGUUAAGAAGGCAGGAAACUGAUUUGAAUCAUGCACAAGAAGCUUACAAAAACUGUCGUGAAGACAAGGAUCGUCUGUGGCAAAAGCUUCGAGACAUGCAGGUGAAGCUAGUAUACUUACAGUCUCAGAGUUCACGGACAGGUAGCUCCCCAACACUAAAUAAGUCUUCAAGCAUUAAUCCUACAACUGGAGAAAGAACUCCCACUUCCAGAGAAGAAGUCCCUGUUGCUAAAAGGGCAGAAAGGGUACGACUUAAGAAAAUGGAGCGUGGUGACAGUCAGAUACUUGGAUCACAAAUCUCCACAUUAGGAGUAUCUACAACAAAAAUAGCAGAACAUCUAGUCCACCACCUUCAAGAAGAUUCUCAUACUCAAGAAAUUUUCCAGUCCGUGUUCUCUGCGGGCUCGGCUAUCCCUGAAUCUAAAGUUCGGGAGUUUGAGGUCGAGCUGGAAAGGCUAAACAGCAAGAUUGAACACCUAAAGUCCCAGAAUGACCUACUGACUAUCACUCUAGAAGAGAGCCGGGGUCAGUGUGACCGAAUGAGUGUACUGUUGGGGAAAUACGAGUCCAACAACACAGCUCUUCAACUGGCAAUCUCCUGCAGUGAACAGACCAUGGAAGCUUUUGAAGUAUUGCUUGCUCUGAUAGAAACAGAACAAGGUCUCCUUCUUGCCAACUGUCGAGCUGCAGGACUUGGUGCUUUAGUGAAAGGAUUGAGUGAUGGUAAUGAAGGUGAAGUGACAGCUCUCCUUAAAAGGGCUAGCGAUAAUCGAAGAUCGGCAGAAAACGUUGCUCGAAACUUUAUCCAGAAGGUGGACCGAAGUUAUGGGGUUGCCUUUGGUGCAUCUGGCUUUAACAUUACUCCUUGGGAAGAUGUAUCAUCACACAGUCAUACUAUGAGCACUACCAGUUCUACUUCCAGUGGUUAUGAUGGGGAGCUCACAAAAGUCGAUGAACAAAGACUGCGAGACUACAUCCAACAGCUUAAGACCGAGCGUUCUGCACUCAAGACUACAGUUUUAGAACUAGAAAGUAUUCAUAUUGAUUCCAUUUGCCAUGAACCCUCAAACGUACUGGAUUCUCAAAAAUUUGACCUUGAGAAUGCUGUUUUGAUGCAGGAGCUCAUGGCAAUCAAGGAAGAAAAAGCAGAACUGAAAGCUCAGGUCUAUCUGCUUGAGAAAGAAAAAGGAGCACUUGAACUGCAGCUGUCCAGUCGAGAGGCUCACGAGCAAGCUUACCUUGUGCACAUGGAGCACCUGAAAACAGAACUGAAGGAACAGGAACAGCUUGUAGAGAAGCUAAGAGCAACCCAGAAGCCUGGAGUUGGAAUAUCUGAUUCAGAAGAAUUGACAGAGGCACUUCAAAGAGAAAGCAAAUGCAAAUCAAGAAUACAGGAGCUAGUGAAUACUUUAGAGAGGUUGACUAAAAAUUCUGAACUUCGUGCUCAGCAGUCGGCUGAUUUUGUUAAUGAUCUGAAAAGAGCAAACAGUGCUUUGGUGACAGCUUUUGAGAAGGCUAAGAAGAAAAACCAGUCACGAAUAAAGAAGUUAGAGCAACAGAUGGUAGUAAUGUCAGAGAGACAUAAUGCUCAGACAAGAUUGUUAAAACAACGAAUCACUAUGCUAGAAGGUACAGAUAGUGGACAGAACACACUGCCACCUUCUGGAAGUGAGACGUCACUGUAGAAGCUAGCAGAAAUUCUAAAGAGCUUUUGUUGUAGCAAAAAAAACAACAACAACAAUUGAGAACCUUUUGUAAUGGAAAUAAUUUUAAGUAUAGUUUUUAUGUUUUGUAUCUUUUAAUAAUAAUAUAAUCAAACUGUUUUUAUACAAAAAUUUGAAGAUAUAUGAAUAUACCAGUGUUCAAUGUAUUAAUAGCAAUGAGACUCAGAUGCUACAUUUUAGUGUCCUUGCUUUGUGCUUAAUGGGUAAUUUCGUUAAAUAUGGAUUACCAAACUUGUUAGUUCAAUUGAUUUAUUAAUGAAAGAAAAUAUUUUUAUCUCUCCUGUUUAAUCUCAAAAUGUGAUUAUUUUUUCUAAGAAAUUAAAUUUUAUGCCACGAUACAGAAAUUUGAUACAUUCUUAGGACUUUUUUAAAUGUUUUGUAUACUAUAGAAGAAAGGUGAUCGUCACUUUGGUACAAACAAACUUAUUUCUGAUUAUACUUUCAGGGUAUAUGUGACAAAAAAAAACAACGUUUUUUACGUUUCAGAACUGUGCGGACGUGUAGAUAUGGUUUAUAUCCGUUUGUAUGUGUAUAAAGUAAAACUGCUCUCUAUUGUUGUGUUCUUAAUUUUUUAACACAUAAGUUGCCUAUAAAGUUAAAUCCUAAAUUUGUUUUAUAUACUAUUUACUGAGAAUACAAAAAACAUACAAAUUUUCAGUUCAUAUGAAAAUAAAAGUAUGAUAUAAUAAAGUUCUUUAAUACCUAAUUUUAAACUGGUUUUUGGUCUACAGGUGUUCUAGUUUUUGCUCUAUGUUUUAUGUAAAAGUACAUUGAAACGUAUUUAAAUUAAUUAAAAGUACAGAGCCGUACCGUUUAUGUAUUGUCUCAUAAAAUACUUGGUUUCUUUCACUUCCAGUUGUUUAUCAGACAUAUUAUAAAGAUAUAAAAUGCUUAUGUACCCAUGAAAAAUAUAAUUAUUUUUACCAUUGUCUUAUUUCAUUUGUUGCAUCAGGGAAUGUGAACAAAUAAAUAUAUUUUAACAAAUAUAUCAGGAUAAAUGAUCAAGUUCCACAUCAGGGUCUACAAAUUUGAGUCUUCCUUUGUCCACUUAUAAAGUAAAGGUGUAGAAACUGUUAGUACUCCUAAACCAAACCUAUUCCUAUUACCUUAUUUCAUAUCAUACUUUUCAGCUAUAUGUGAACAAAAGAGUGUUUUUCACUUUUCAGAAUCCUGUGGAUGUUGUUGCUCGAUGUAUCAUUUUGAUGGCGGCUGUAAGUUUUGUACAUCUUUUUAAAAACAACAAUCUUUUUUUUUCCUUCAGUAAAAAGAGGAGAAAGAGAGAGAUCUUUGCUGUGUAGUUUACAUGUAUAAUGACAUUUGUUGGUUUUGUAAAUAAAGUUUGGUUUACUUAGCAUCA